UAUAGCCUUAGUUUUACUCUCUCUCCCUCUCUCUCUGCAAGAGUCGCAUUUGCCUAAUUAUCUAUCUGCUUUGACCCCCCCCCUCUCUCUCUCUCUCUCUGUCUCUCUCUUGCCCUGAAAUAGAGGAAGCAGUCACCCAGAGAAGUUUUAAUGUCCACCCACCGCUUCUGAACCUAUCUCUCUCAAAUUUCAAGACUGAGCAUUGUUGUUGCCUCUUCAACUUUUUCUGCUCAGAGACCCAGACCCAUUUGUUUUCUCUUAUUUUUCUCUGUGUUUGCUUUCUUAAACACCCAAAAGAAGAACAGAGGAGAGCCCUUUUGUGCCACUCUUUUAUGUUUUAGCUGACGCUGUUUCACAGAUCUACUAGCAACCAUUGUUCUCUUUCCGUUCUUGUAACCUUCUGUUUGUUCCAUUUGAGUGGAAGCUAUGAAUAAAGAAGAGUUCUUGAAGAUCCAGAAAUGUGUUCUCAAAGUGAACAUACAUUGUGAUGGAUGUAAGCAGAAAGUGAAGAAAAUCUUGCAAAAAAUUGAUGGGGUUUUCACCACAGACAUAGAUGCAGAGCACGGGAAGGUGACAGUCACUGGGAAUGUAGACCCAGCAGUUCUGAUCAAGAAGCUUGGGAAAUCAGGCAAACAUGCAGACCUUUGGGGUGCUCCAAAGCCCAACAAUAACAACCAGAACAACAUGCCUAACCAGCUCAAGAACAUGCAAAUUGACAAUGGCAAAGGGGGGAACAAUAAAGGUCCCAAGGGUGGUCAACCAAACCAGCCCAAAGGUGGUCAACCAAACCAACAGCAGCAGCAGCAACAGCAGCAGCAGCAGCAGCAAUAUCUUCAGCAGCUUCAGCAACUUCAGCAACUUAACCCUCUUCAACUUCAACAACUGCAGAUGAAAGGGUUCCCAGGUCUGAAUCUGCCCCAAUUCAAGGACAUGAAAAUGCCCGCCAAGGACCAGACCCCAACCCAGAAGACUGUGAGGUUCGACUUGCCUGAGGAUGAUGAUGAGUUUGAUUAUGAUGAUGAGUUUGAUGAGGACGAUUAUGAUGACGAGGAGUUUGAGGAUGAGUUGGAUCCCCAUCUCCUCAAUAAGAUGAAAACUAUGAUGGUUAAUGGUCAGAAGCCUAACAUGAUGAUGAAUGGAAAUAAUCCACAGCUCAUGAAUGCUCAGAAGGGUGGGAAUGGUGGGGGUAAUGGCAAAAAGGGUGGUGGUGGUGGAGCUGUGCCUAUUCAGGUGAAUGAUGGCAAAAACGGUAAUGGAGGAAAGAAAGGUGGUGGUGGUAACAAUCAGAAUCAAGGCGGUGGUGGGAAAAAUGGAGGUGGCUUACCCCAAGAUGCUAAAAAUGGUAACGGUGGCGGUGGUGGCGGUGGGGCAAAUAACAAUAAAAAUGGUCACCUUGGUGCUAAUAAUGGCGGUGGUGCUAAUGGAAACAACAGUAAUGGCAAUGGGGGUAAAAAGAUUGUUGGUGAUGGAGUUCAUGCUAUGAACAAUAAUGGGUUGCACAACAUGGGUGGCCCUCAUCCUCAUCCUCAUCCUCAUGCUAUGGCUGGAGGUAAUCAUGUGGGUCAUAAUAGUAUGGCUAGCAUGAACAUCCCAAUGGGCAACAUGCCCAUGGGCCAAAUGGGUAAUAUCCCAGCCGUCCAAGGCCUUCCAGCUACCGCCAUGAACGGCGGUGGCGGUGGUGCUCCGUACUUCCAUGGGGCUGGGCCAGAGGUCAUGCCUGGCAAUCCAUACCAGCAGCAGCAGUUCUUGAACCAAUUGAUGCAGCAGCGAGCAAUGGGGAACGAAAGGUUCCAACCUAUGAUGUAUGCCAGGCCGCCUCCAGCAACCAAUUACAUGUCCCCAUACCCGCCAUACCCUGCUCACCAGGACCCUCAAUACACCCACUUCUUUAGUGAUGAGAACACCUCAAGUUGUAAUGUGAUGUGAAAAAUCCGGCUUUGAUUGUUGGUGCUGUGGGUUAAUUUGCUAAAGUAAGUUUGUGCUGGAGCUGGCGGUUCAGUCUUUUGGGAGGCCAUAUCAUACUUGGAAAUGGGUUUCAAUUUUCAGUUUAA